AUUGGAUAUUUUAAAAAUGAGUUGUCCUUCUAUGAUAAAGAACACACAACCUUUUCACAACCUUUAAUUGCAUCUACGUCAAUAGUAAUGAAUGUAAUAGGUUAAGAAAAUUGGUUUGGUCUUCCAAAGCCAUGUUCUCUGUCCAGUGCUGUCUGAGCACCUGCAGUCCUCCCCAGUGGAAUCCAGUGCAAUUGGAGUAGAACUCCUUUCCUUGUAUGCCAUGCCUGUUAGGUGGGCAGCUGUGGAAGUGAAGGGAGAAGAAAUAAUGCAUCUGAAAUUACACAGAAUUUCCAGUAUAGCUGCCAGUAUCCCUGCAAAUGAAUGUCCUAACAAAUCCUAAUGAGCUGUGGAGCAGGAAAAAUAGAUACUAAGUUUUUCUAGGAGGAAUGAACUGGACACCCUGAUCAAAGUACACAAUUACUUGGUUGGUACGAGCUGAUCAUGGGGAUCCAGGCACAAAUACAGAAAACAAGGAAGGAGAGAUCUAGUUAAUAAGUAAUUCCUCACCAUAAUGCAAGUUUGAACAACGAAUACAGUCUCCCAGCAAUAAAGACAGUAUCUCAGCUGAAACACUCUCCAGCACAAGGAUAUUACUCCUUUCUCUCACCAAGAAGAAAAUGAAAAACAAGACAAGUGCUCUUCCCAGAGAAGGAGAAGCCCAGCCUUCCAGGUGUCCAGAUAACAGUGCAUUCAAACAGCAGAGGCUGCCAGCUUGGAAGCCCCAGCUCACCAUUGCAUCUGUGCUCUCCAGCUUCUUUCUGACAGGGGCAUUCUGCCUCACUGUGGGAGUCUGCCUUGUCCUGUCUGCAAACAGCGUCAGAGAAAUACAGAUAGAUUAUUCAGAUAAAUGCUCAAAUUGUUCAAAGCUCCGUGAAAAUUCCUCUAACUGGAAUAAGGAAUGCCACUGUUCUAUUAAUUUCACACUAAAGGAAGAUAUAUUGGGUGAUGUUUUUAUGUACUAUGGUCUGCAAAACUUCUAUCAAAACCACCGUCGAUACGUGAUAUCAAGAAGUGACGCGCAACUGUUGGGCCGAAAUGUAAAUAUCCAGAGGAGCUACUGCGCGCCCUUCAGCACCUACCGGAACGGGACCCCGAUGGCGCCGUGCGGGGCCAUUGCCAACAGCAUGUUCAAUGAUACUAUUGAUCUGUUUUAUAAUUAUAACUCAUCUGUGAUUCAAGUGCCACUGCUGAAGACUGGAAACAGUUGGUGGACAGAUAAAAAUGUGAAAUUCCGCAAUCCUGAAUCAUACAAUCUCUCUUCUGCAUUUGCAGGGACAGCCAGACCUCCUUACUGGCAGAAACCUGUGUAUCUGUUGGACGAGGAAGAUGAGAGGAACAAUGGCUAUGUGAACGAUGACUUCAUUGUCUGGAUGCGAGUGUCGGCCUUCGCGACGUUCAGGAAUCUCUACCGGCGCGUCAGGCGCGUUCGGCGCUUCGCAGAGGGCCUGCCAGCCGGGAAUUACACCUUCCAGAUUUCCUACAAUUUCCCUGUUACCAUAUUCAAGGGGAGGAAGCAUGUGAUUCUUUCAACUGUGGUGUGGAGCGGCGGAAGGAACCCAUUCCUGGGAAUUGCCUACCUGGUUUCUGGCACAGCAGCAAUCCUGACAGGUGCAGCUUCACAGUUAGGAGACAUGGAAAGCAUCUGAGGUUAAGUCUGAAGACGCACAAAAAGGAAUGCCAGGUAAGGAUUUUUGUAACUAUGUGAAUGAAGAUCUGAAAAUAUUUGUGUUUGAACUGCAGAGCUACAGAACUUCAAAACAGUGACUUUGUCAGAUGUAUCUUACCAUGCAAAAUGGAAAGGGGAAAAAAACUUGUUGAAACAGUGUAAAAUUGUACAUGCAGCUCCUCACUGUCAGUCUGCUGGCUCUGGGAUGUUCUGCAUCCAAGAUGCUGAAAAAUGGUGAAGUUUCAUAACUAGUUAUUGUAAAAAAAUCAACCCCUGAAGUGUAAUAGUGUUCCCAUGGGAAAACAGCUUCCUCUCUGCUUGUGCCAACAAAGCCAUUAGUCACUCCACAAUUUAUGAAGGAGGAUUCAGCUGGGAUGCAGUGGAUCAUCUUGGGACUCAUUCUUGCAGGCAGCUGGAUUAGUACUGGAUAUCAUGUGACUGUCUCAUUAUCAUGUGAGUUUAAAAUCUUAUACAGAUGCAAAGAAAUUAAAACUUUUGAAAUAAUCAGUAAUGAUUUCAGUCUUUUGAUGCUGACAAAUUUAGCAUCUGCCACUGUUUGGAGUGAGAAUGCUGCCAGUGGAGGUUUUGGUUUCAAGAGAGACACUUGGUUUAAUAAUCAGCAUUCAUUUCUGUUUGUUUGCUUUAUGCAGAGACCAGUACUUUGUGAUUAUGGUUUCAUCUUCCCCUACUGUGUUGGAAAAAGUGCUAUAAAAUAUGCAUAGAAGCAUAAAUUAUUUGUAUUUUUCUAAGAAAACAUAAUUGACAUACCAUUGGUUAUAAUCUCAUGUUAGGAACUGGAAUUUUGUUAGGAUGUUGGGUCUUUUUCCUUCACAUCAAAGUACUGAAUUUUGAUCCCAUUUAAUUUUGAGAAAAAAAAGGUAACUGUUGAAAGAACAUUGCACAAAGUUGCCUUUAAUACAGAUGGCUUAGGAACUUCGGGGUUUUUUUUCUCUGUUUGGGUAUUUUGUUCUAAAAUUGUCAUUGUAAAACCUGAAGAGAAAAGCAGAGGCUUGUUUGAAGUAUUUUGUCUCAGAGUCUGGAGAAUAUUCUAUUUUUUGUUCUGCAAAUGCAGUCCUGAAUGAAUUCCAAAUAUAUUCCAUCAUAGGUGUUUUACAUAUACAGGUGAGUUUAGACUUUUGUCUGUAUUUUACGAUGCUGUUAUUUCUGGAACAGAAUAUUGGUUUGUGUUCACAAAAGGAGCUAAAAACAAAUCCUGGAUCUCAACAAGGUUCCUGGUAAUCAGAGUUUUCACUGAUGUGUCAGGAGAUUGGACAUCACAAACCAGUUCAGACAGGUGCUGUUUCCAUGUGUGGAUGAGCUCCUGUUCAAGGCACUGCUGCCUGCUGGACUGCAGCGAAUGUAAAUUAUACAUUCCUGAUUCAGUUCCCAUGCAAACUCUGCAGCUUUGUCAGGGGAUCUUCUGUGGGGUGGAGCUUUAAGAUGGAUUUCCCUGGACCUCAACUUACAGUGAGCCCCUAAAGAGAAAGAUUUCUCAAUUUUCAAAAGAAAAUAGAACAGCAUAAAGAGGAGAGAAUUGCAGUUAAGGCAAAACAAAGAAGGACAUAAUAAACCCCACAUGUUCCUGUGGUGUUGGUGUCAGCUCUGUCCUAGCCUUUGAAUGGUAGAAUUUGACCUGUAGAUAAUUGUAAAAGCCCUCUGUUCUUAUUUUUUUCUGAUAAUUUUCCUUUUAGUGUAUGUUGUAUAACAUUCCACGCUAGUUUCAAACUCUUUUACCUGGAUCAAGUCUUCCAGUGAUGUCUGUCCAUUUUCAUCUCUCCUUUAAACCGAGUUUACUGUGAUGGAGCAGACCUGACUUUUAAAUGAGGUUGGUUUCAGUCCCUUUGAAAUAUGAAGGAGUAGAAAAUAUCACUGGCUUUUUUUGUUUAUUUGCAUCAGGCUCUUAAUGACUUUCUUUAUUGCCUAAUAGAGGUAAUGUGAGGAAUUUGUCUGUCUUUUGAUCCUACGAAACACACAUUUAACAUACUCUCUGCUCUGUCUUCUUUGUAGCCAUUCCUCACUUGCUCCUAAUAAUUGCUAUGGAAAUUUAUUUUUGUCUCUUCAGUUCACGAGAGACAAAGCAGAUAGCUCUUCAAGACUUUGGCAGCUAAGGAAUGUUACUCCAUAAUUGACACAAGGUUUACCUUUAAACUGUUCCCUCUAAGACACUACAAACCUCCACUGAAAACGGGACUGCAAAAUUUUGGCAGGUCAGGGAAUGCAACCAACUUCCAAAAACCAUUAAUGGGGACAUAUGUGUUGGGAUAGUUGUUCCACUGCACUCCUCUCCUGCCUGCCUCCACCUGCCUUCCUUCCCCGAGCAGAUUCACGAGAAGCCUUGACAGAGGCUACACUUCAGUGCUUUGCUGACAUUGAUGGCAAUUAAGUUUUGACAAAUCCUUUUUGUUAUCCUAUCAUGAAGGAAUUGAUGCUUUCUGUAUUGUCUAUGAGUCAAUGAAAAACCAGAGGCUGUUUUUAAUCAAAAAAACCCAAAAGCAGAUGGCCAGGUGAGGGAAACCCAGCUGAGUGCUCCCCACUGCAGAGCAGCAGAGAGAAUUCCUCUAUGAACCUUCCAUUCUUCUCUAGCUGGUCAGGUAUUUUGGAGAACAUGCACAGGACUAAAGACAGAAGCUUGUAUUUAUCUUCCUGUAGAUUGGCUGCAGUGCAGCCAGCUGAGCUCUUCUCAGAGGGGGAUGUGUUUCAAUUAAUUAUUUUUCCUCCCCUCUGCAAGCAUUUGGUGUCUUGGUCAUCAGAAAGUUGGGAAAAAGCCAUGUAUUUCUUUGUGAGCAGGCUUCAGUGAAGCAAGUAUAGGAAGAGUACAAAGAAGUUAUACAUGCCUAAGAGAGGAUUUAGAAUUUCUUCAACAUGUGAAAAAUCACUCCCAGCUUAGGUAUUUUAGGUAAGUGUAUUCAUUAUGCUGAAGGAUGAGGAACACCACAAAUCUUGCCCUGCCCAGAAGAUGAGCAAAACAUGAGAGACUUUUCAAUGCUUAGAAGUGCCUCCUUAUCAGAAACAAGGUUCUAAUCUUUGAUAUUCUUUCAGCAGAGAGGCAGCUUCUCACCUUAACUGCAGGUGACUUUAUUGGAUGAUCCAGUGCCUUCUUAUCCCACAUUCACAGCUGGGUGAUUGUGUGAUUUUUGAUGGAGGGGAAAAAAAAAUCACAAUUACUGAAGGUACAGCAGUAUAGACCCUAUCUGUGAAUCUACUUUUGAGAGGUUAUAAAGGGAAGAUGUAGAAGGGUUUGAAACAGAUAUAUUUCUGUUACUUCUGAAAGAGUAUUUUAAUCACCCAUGCCUUUGUAUCAGCUGGUUUAGAUGUUCCUUAUAUAUACAGCAUUGGUUCCAUGCCUGCCUAGCUCUGUUACUUUAAUGCAACUGCACCACAAAAUGCUAAUGCUGCAAAGAAAAAGUAUGUUAAAACCAACAAACAGGUCAAGAGGAAUUCAUAAAGCAAAAUGACAUUUCAACCAUAUACGUCAUUUAAUAAAAGUCAUUGUUUUAAUUACCUCAUGGUAUAUAAAUAGAACUUCAAUUAGAAAAAUGUAUUAAAAGUGAUAUGCUAUAAAUGAUAAAUCAUAAAUAAUAGGGCAACCUAUAAACCAAUUGCCAAACUCAGAGAGAAAUGUCAAUGAAUUAAUAUAUACUUGUGAUGGCUUAAACUCAUAAUUACAGACCUAGAUACUUUCUUAAAGAAAAAAAUAAAAGGAUAUUUUUCCUGUGGUGAUACAUAUUGUCUGAUUCUUUACAACCCUACUAUUUAUUAUGUGGAAUAGUCCUAUUAUCUUCAAAUUUUUCAGAGCUCUACUUGCAUACCAAUGAAGUCGUCUGCUUCUUUCAUUACAAAGUUUUACUGUAUCUUGAUUAGUAAUCACUAAUCUAUAAUAAUCACUCACUAUUGGAGUGAUUAUUCUGUGAUUUUUUUUUUUCCUACUAAUACUGUUUUUUUUAGCCUUCUGACUUCAGAAUUCAAAGACCAAGGUAUGAAAUACCUUGAGGUAUAUGCUCAUGGGACACGAUGACUUUUACACUUUCUUUUGGCAUCCCCUGCUGGUGUACAGCUGUGAAGACUGCUCCAUGACACUGAAGAUCUCAAAACAGCUCCUAUGCUUCUUUGGCCAAAUCCUUUUGAGUGUUAAUAACAGCUGAAGAAAUGGCAGGUUAAUGGGAGAAUAUUUCUAUUCUCUUCAGGCAACAUAAUUUCUUAAUUGCUUCAAUGUUUAAUUGCUUUAAUUCAUAAUUGCUUCAAUGAAUAUACCGUCUCCUUAAACAGAACAUCUAAUUACACUACUUUGCUUGUUUCACAUUGUUUAUUUUAUCUCUUUAUUAUGAUUUGGUUUAGGUUUUGCGGUUUUUUAAAUCUUAAUAAUCUGCAUAACAAUUCCAACUCUGUUCCUUGAGGACUGGAAAUAAUUUUUCCAUUAUUAUUAUUAGUAAUAAAAACUUUCUUUUUCCAAAAAGAGUGGAAAAGCAUUAGUGACAUUAACAUCUUUCUAUUUGUUGUAGCUGCAGUGUUUCCUUAUGUAGAAACCUUCAAUCUCACUUUAGGCACCUGGCAUAUCUGGAAAUAUCAUCAAACCAGGCUCCCUAGAAGAAUCAAAGGAGACAAAUUGGCAUAUCAAACAAAGGGGGGAUUCUCUGUUAGCUAUAGAAGUAUUGGGCAGCUGCACUUUUAGAGAAAAUUUUUUUAGGACACCAAGCAUAGACUGUUUUCUCACCAUUCUCAAGCAUGCUCAUGGGAAUUUUGUCAAGAAAGGACCUCAGAAAUGGACACCCCCUGUCUGGUCUAUGAUCACAGGGUGUGCACAUGAAUGGCAGCUGAAGGAUCUUUCUGUGGAUACUUACUAAGAAUAGAAAAUAAAUCAUUUUUAAUAGAAAUCAAAGAUACUGCUGAAAGCUGAUGUUGAUCAAUGACACUGUCCAAAUGACAAAUGAUUUCUAAUUGCAGAUUUUGCUCAUUCUUUGAAUGCUCAUUAAUCUCUAGUGAGUAUAAGAUGGGAGCAUAUAUUGCUAAAUAUUAAUACUUCCCAUUAAUCUUUAAGAUGCAGUUAUGAUUUUCAGUUAGAUGGAAUAAUAUUAUCAUCUGUGUCCUGUCAGGUUAUCUAUUGGACAGAACUAAUCUCUUCCUUUUUUGAUAGACUUCUUUGACUCUUCACUCAUGCAUAUCUUUUCUUUUUUUUUUUUUUUAAUCAAAAUCUGUGAUUUCUUUAAAGAUAAAGUUCACUGAUAUUUAAAUAAACAUAAAAAUCCCUAUUAUCGAACCUUCCUCUCUGGUUGUUUGGGGUUUUUUUAACUGUAGGUUAUUAGUAUAUUUCUAGAGUUAUUGACUAGAAUAUGCCUUUUCUGGUGAUGGGAUUUAUGAAGCAUAAACAGCUGAGUGACUUGCUAAAUAGGUAAUACCUGCCUGGAGCACAGAGUCUUCGUUCCCAAGUGCAUAUUUUAAUUUUAUACAAUCUACUUUCUUCCAGGUGUAGACUAUAAACCAAGAGGAUUUAAUUUCAUAUCUAAUGAACAUAUUUGCCAUGCACCUUAACAUUCAAAACAAAAGUCUUGAAUGUGUGCCUUUAUAUUUAAGUAAGGGAUAGUGCUGACACCAGUGACAUUAAGAAACAUCUGCAAGAUGCUGAGGCUAUUUCUGUGUGUAUAAGUAGCACUGGGACAGGAAGAAGGUUUGCCAUUAUUCAUGCUGAAUUGCCAGCACCAUCUACAACAUUGCUUUCUGCAUGCCAGCUCUUUCCCAGGAAGAAUCUAGGCUUGGGCAGCACAUCCCCCCAGGCAGUACAGAAGAACAAACCCUGUGUGGUGAUGAGAGAGUUUCAGCAAGAGCACACAAGAAGGCUUUGCCACCUAAGCCUGAGAUCAAAGAAGCAUCCCUUGCAGAAAAUAACAGGUAACUGCAUCAAAAUUGAUUUCUUUAGAACUGCUGUAUCUUUAACCAUCAAUCAAUGCGUUUGUCUGUAGAGUUAUCUUACUUCCCACAGUUCUUAGAUUGCACUGAAAUAAAUUUCCUUGAAUUUCAGAGGGUCAAGCAUUUCAUUCCAUCUGUAGGGCAAACUGUACUGCCAGGUACAGAGCAGUGUUUACACUGGACCCAAACCUUGUUCUUUUCGAAACUUUUAUGGAAAUCUGAUGCAUCCCUUCUUGAUAUUUAGAAUAUUCUCUGUAAGUCAUGAAAUAAUACCAUAUGGUAUCAAGUGUUACUUAAUUUCAGACAUAAUGAAGGAGAAAAUGAAGUUUCUACUUUUCAUCUUAAAGUGCAUCUGACCUGGUUGCCAUGCUGUUUCAAUGGUUUUGUCUAUGUCAUUUGGUUGAACAUUUUUGUCCAUGUGAAAUAACAUCUUUUUUAUUAUCUUUAAAGGUUCAUUUUAGGCCAAACCACACUAUCUAUACAAUUUCUCUUCAGAACAUAGACCACUCUUUCACUCUAGUAUAGAACAAAUACAAGAAGAAGUUAUUUUUCUCCUUUUUGUUAUAGAAAAAAUAGAUGGUUGGAGUUUCAGCCUCUCAAGAUAUGGAAAAGUAUUGAACUGACAUCAUCAUCUAUUUCAUUGAAUAGUAGUUUCUGUGAAUACAAAUACUGCACUGCAGUUUGCCAAAACAUUUGGCAAGAAUUUUUGAGUUUAGGUUUUAUCUCUCCAUAAAGGUAAAAUCAGUUCAAAUCUUUUGUCCUGCUUCAGGGUAACAGUCAUUCAGCUGAAGGGUAAGGUUUCCCAAAAAGCAUAGAUUCAUUCCAGCUGCCUUUUUUUUGCUCUUACUACUUCCCUUAUGGUAAACAAACAGCUAGUAUCAGAAAUCAAAAUCUGAUUUGUUCUGGGGAAAAAACCUUACAUGUACAUAAUAAACAAUAAUGAUACAACUAUUUCUUACAAAUCCAUCACUUAUGACUCAUACAAUUAAUAGGAAAUAAUCCCAUAUUUAAUGUUCAUAAAACAGAUAUUUAUAAAAUUAAUUAAAUAGAAAUAAAUAGGAUUUUGUUUGUUAACUCAAUACAAUAUUCAAAGCUACAAAGUGAAACUCGAAGGUUUCCUGUGGGUUUCUGUUCCUCUUCUCCCAGACUCAAGGAAAGACUCUAUUCCACAGGUGUAUUCUAGAUGUGGAAAGAAAAUCUUAGAAAUGGUGGCUUAAAUAGUUCUAACACUUCUUAACAGUUUAAUGCUGGCUGCCUACCUGCUACAAUCCUUUGAUUUCUGGCUCUCCAUUCCUUUCAUUCCUUUCAUUCUGAACAUCACAAAGAUACCGUGCCACCAUUUAUAACGCAACAAGGGUAGGACAUUUACAACAUGUCCUCAGUAACAAGAACACCACAUAGUUCAUAGAGUCUGAGAUAGAGUCAAGUAACAAAAUGCAGUUCAAGACUUUUUGCCAGAAAAAUAGGAUCAAAUUCAAAGAUGCAGUUUUUAAAAUUCCCAAUGCCUAAUGUCAAGCAGGCAUCAGCAUUUUAAGUUUUUUUUGGGUUUUGGGUUUUUUCUCUGAAGAGAAAUGUCUGUAUAGUACAUCCUAGCUGUCUCUCAUGGGCCAGAGAAAUUACUAAAUAACUAAGUCUUCAGGUUAUGUGUGUCUUUCAGUCUUAAAAAACACACAAAAGGGCUCAAAAAAUGUCCUGAAGAUUUUAUUAAUAAGAUCAGCAGAGUAGAGUGGGGGAAAAAACCACACAGGGUAAGUUCAUGGUUUUAGUUUUUUAGUUUUAAUAUCAUCUUUCUUAAAUGCACAUGUCAGCCACUGCAUUGUGGCAAGGGUGUAGAGCCAGCAUUGUGUUUUUGGCCCUGAUAUUGAAACUUCUGCCUAUUCAACUGUACUAUGCUGAAUGUCAAAACCCAGCUUAGCUUUUUGUCCCCUUAAAAAAAAUAUUUUUAAGAUUUUCUUUUUUUUUCAUUAGAAUAUAGUGAUAGGGAAGAAAUUUUAUUCCUGUUUCAGUUUAAGAAGAGGUGAGUUCAUCUAUUUCUGUAUUAGAAUAUAUUCAUUACAUAAAUACAACAGAAUAUGAGAUCUAGACAGAAAAGAUCAAUCUCACACUUUUUAAUUUUACAAAUGUUAGUUGAACAGUGAUUGGAUUUUUUUUAUUUAUUCACUAAAAUUAGCAAAAUUUGCUAAUUUUGGAUAAAAAAACACAGCACUUUAUUUAAAUGCAAGAUCUACUUACUAUAUUGUAAACUCUUCACAUGGUGUUUAAUAAAAAAAACAACUGAAAUUGCUGAGAACUUUUUCCAAUACGCUUUUUAAAAAUCUGAUUGUCAGCAGGAAAUAUCUGCAGUGCAGAUAUAAUUAUCUUUUCUCACAUUUGUGACACUUGCAGAGACUUGUUCAUACUCAUGCCACUGUGACUCAACAGGAACUGACUCAGUACAAUCCAUGUAUCCUUCAAAGACUGAAAGCAUGCU